AUGGUGAUGGAAGCUUACACCUACGUUUUUGUCAUUGGCACCAUGUUUGCCCUCCUCGAGGCUUACAACAACGGUGCCAAUGAUGUUGCCAACGCCUGGGCCACCUCGGUCUCCUCGCGGUCCGUCACCUACCGCCAGGCCAUGUUGCUUUGUUUAGUCUUCGAAGUAGUCGGCGCCGUCUCCGUCGGUGCCCGUACCGCCGCCACCAUCAAGAACGGCAUCAUCCCCAUCUCGGCCUUCCACGACAACGCUCCCGUCCAGCUGCUGGCCUUCACCUGCGCCUCCGCCGGUGCCGCCUCCUGGGUUAUGUGGUGCACGCGCCACUCCGCCCACGUCUCCUCGACCUACUCCCUCGUCUCCUCCAUUGCCGGUGUCGGUAUCGCCACCAUCGGCGCCAAGGGUGUCAAGUGGGGUUGGGAGAAGGGCAACGGUCUCGGUGCCAUCUUCGCUGGUCUGCUCAUGGCUCCCGCCUGUGCUGCCGGCUUUGGUGCCAUCAUCUUCAUGCUGAUCAAGCUCGUCGUCCACAAGCGCAAGAACCCCGUCCCCUGGGCCGUCUGGACAUCGCCCUUCUUCUUCCUCGUUGCCGGUACCAUCUGCACCCUGUCCAUCGUCUACAAGGGGUCCCCGCAGCUCGGCCUGAACAAGAAGCCCGCGUGGUACAUCGUUUCCGUCACCCUCGGCGUCGGCUUCGGUCUGGCCAUCCUCUCCGCCAUCUUCUUCGUCCCCUUCGUCCACGCCAAGGUCGUCAAGAAGGACUACACCCUGCGCUGGUUCCACAUCUUCCAGGGCCCCCUCCUGUUCAAGCGCCCCGCUCCCUCCGACGCCGAGGUCGCCAAGGUUCCCGACUACGCCGUCGUCCAGCACGAUGAGGAGGACGAGGACCAGUCCGUCACCGACAGCAGCGGUGGCGUCAAGGAGUCUGCCGAGAAGACCGGCUCCGAGGGCCUCAAGGACGGCGUCGUCUCCCGCACCGCCGCCGGCCGCGACACCGAGAACGCCGUCACCAACGCUACCGACUAUAAGGUCCUCAUGGAGGAGGCCCGCCAGCGCCACCACGCCCACCUCCGCAAGACCCGCGGCCCCCUCGGCUGGGCCAUGCGCACCCUGCACGAGAACCCCAUGGGCGCCGGCUCCAUCUACGAGCUGCACAACCUCAAGAUGCUCAUCAUCCGCAUCCCCGCCUACAUCGUCGUCGCCGCCCUCUACGGCGUCAACUACGACAUCCACCGCGCCCAGAUCGGCAUCCUCGGCACCCCUGAGGGCCGCCGCAUGGCCCGCGUCUACGCCCACGCCGAGAAGUACCCCAACGAGGUCGAGCACCUGUACUCCUUCAUCCAGGUCAUCACCGCCUGCACUGCCUCCUUCGCCCACGGCGCCAACGAUGUCGGCAACUCCGUCGGUGUCUGGGCCGCCAUGUACUCCGCCUGGUCCACCGGCCACGCCACCGCCGCCUCCGCGGAUGUCCCCCUGUGGCAGAUUGCCGUCAUGGCUCUGACCAUCUGCUUCGGCUUCAUCACCUACGGUUUCAACAUCAUGAAGGUCAUGGGUAACAAGCUGACCUACCACUCGCCGUCCCGUGGUUCUUCCAUGGAGAUGGGUGCCGCCAUCACCACCCUCAUCUUCUCCCAGUACAAGCUUCCCGUCUCCACCUCCAUGUGCAUUACUGGUGCCACCAUUGGUGUCGGUCUGUGCAACGGCACCUGGAGGGCCGUCAACUGGCAACGUGUUGGUCUCCUGCUGUUCUCCUGGAUCAUGACCAUCCCUAUUGCCGGUCUCAUCGGUGGUAUCACCAUGGGUCUUUUCUUGAACGCCCCGCACUUCUAG